CGGGAACAUUCGAUCCCGGAUGAACGAAGGUUAAAUGUGGAAAACACGAGUGUUCUGAUGGGUGCAAGAAAUGGCUAAAAAAACUGCAGCUUUAUUUUGCUUUAAAAUUGACUGUCCAAUUUUGGUAAACAGUCCAGUAGCCUGGGUCAUCAACUUGCUCAACAAUUUUCAGCACUGUAUACCAAUUUACUUUCAUCCGCAAUACGUGAAAACUGGAUUGUAAAGAAGCCCACUUGCUGUUAUUUUUACUCAGCAACCUCUUGCCAUUAAAUUCUCACUUGAUUAUUAAACCUACGUCACUGCAUGUUAUUCAGCCUCUCGAGCAGAAGUGUCGAAUGAACCCAAAUGGAACUGUCUCCGCCGAGAUGACGUAGUCAUUCCGACCAGCGGAUCGAACGCAUAACGAACUGAGCUCACGGUUUCACUCCGGCCGUUGACAGACUGGACUUGUCCCAUGUCAUCAUUGGAAUACAUGAAAAGCGACUGUUUCGCCUCUGGGACCUUGUCGUCUGCCUCUCUCAAAGGGACCAUCACUAAAAUUAAAAGCAGACGGUCAAAGAAGAGGAACAAGUUCUUACGUAAAGCAUCAGAAGACCGAGAUACUGAAUGCGAUGUUUGCAGGAUCCCUCCUCCCUGUGGUUUUGGUGGCGGCAACCGCACGGUGCGCCGGAUCUUCAUUGCGUGCGCCUUGUCCAUUUUCGCGCUGUUUGGUGCUGUGGCUAUGGAUUUCAACACGCGCACGGCCGCGUGGCGUGCAACUGAGGCUUCAUUGAGUGAGCUGACCUCUUGUCGGACUAACGCCACUCUAAAGCUCGUAAUGGAUCUUCAGAAUAUGAGAAAUGUGUGUAUAACAGAGCUAAAUGACGCCAAAACGGUGCAAAACGCGUGCUCCAGCCCCUUGGCUGUUUUGAGACGUGAGAUGACGGCGUGCGCUCAGGUGAACACUUCUGGUCUGAGAUCUCGCUGCGGCACGCAGUUAGAUGAGUACUGUGCGCAGCUGCAAAGGAUUCACUCACAACUUUUCAACACAACAGAUACUGAUUUGGAUGGUAGGACACUCGGUUUCACGCUGUCCAUAGCCUUAUUGCUGGAUUAUUGGGGAAAUACUGAAUAUGAUAUCAGGCUCCUGAAACUGACUCCAGACUGGGUAGAAGUUUUAUCACUGAGGCUCUUAGUGAGCUUCUAUGAGCUAACCCACCAGUUACUAGAUUCUCAGCAGAUUAAAGACCAUCUUGGGUUUCAGCAUAAGUGGUGGUCCACUCUCAACAGCCUCACCAUGGCCAAACUCAUGUGUGAGAACCUGGACCGGUGCUGGGCUAAGAACAUGGACGUGGCGCCGGACUCCCUCUUUCUUCUGGAAGCCCCCAAUAAUCUGCUGCCUGGCAACAGCUCAGAGGGUGUUCUCGGGGUGCUGGGCCCCGCGUGGGACACGCAGGAGUGCUUCGUGGGGGCCGCCGGCGUGUCCCUGAGACUCCGGUCACGAGACCUGCUCUCCAGCCUCAGCCUGAAGCUGUGCCUGCUCAGCCUGGCUUGCCUCAUCUACCCGGCCGUGCUCUUCUCCUUCAAGCAGAUGACGGAGUGGAUCCAGAACUACGCGCGCAGCCUCAAGGAGCGCACCGAGGACCUGAAAGGGGAGCGGCGGCUGGCAGAGAACCUUCUCCAUCAGAUGCUCCCCAAGUCCGUGGCCAAACAGCUCAGGCAGCAGAAACACGUAGAGGCGGAGAGCUACGAGCAGGUGACCAUUUUCUUCUCUGACAUUGUGGGCUUCACAUCCAUAUCUGCGUCCUGCACGCCACUACAAGUGGUGGAGAUGCUGAACAACCUCUACAUGUGCUUUGACACACGCAUCGACUCCUACGAUGUCUACAAGGUGGAGACCAUAGGCGAUGCUUAUAUGGUGGUGAGCGGUCUGCCUGAGAGGAAUGGCGAUAGGCACGCGGACGAGAUCGCCAAGAUGUCUCUGGACCUGGUGGCGGCUGUGAGACAGGUGUCCAUCCCACACAUGCCCAACAAACGGCUACAGCUCAGAGCCGGCAUACACACAGGUCCGUGUGUGGCUGGAAUCGUGGGCUACAAGAUGCCUCGCUACUGUCUGUUUGGAGACACCGUCAACACUGCCUCGAGAAUGGAGUCCACUAGCCUACCCCAGAAGGUCCACGCCAGCUCAGCCACCUAUCUGGCCCUGAUGAAGGACAACGCCUACGAACUACAGCUCAGGGGGGAGAUUGAAGUGAAGGGCAAAGGCAAGAUGAACACGUACUGGCUGGUGGGCCACAAGAACUUCAGUGUUCAGAACGACAGUCUGGUGUGCCACUGGAACCCCAGCAUGGCCCGCAAGAAGAAAACUCCUGUAGGAAGCAACGUCUCCAUGGCCAACUCCAGCCUGACCAUUCAGAGUGUGAGUGAGAGCACGACACCUACCUCCCAGCUCGAGCAGCCCCCGUCCCAGCAUGCCCUGCAGCCAUGGUCAGAGGUCACGGUGUGUGUGUCGGCGCAGGUGGAGAACUGCGCUGACAACUCUGGCACACUGGGCUCCAUGCUGGGGGAUCUGGAGGGUCUGGAGGGGGCCCUGGGCGAGGGGAGCCCCAGGAACAGUGCCUCGACGGCGGACGUCAAAGAAGAUCUGCUCCCUGGAGCAGUGCAGACCACAUGAGGAAGGAAAGACUGACAGAGGGAGCAGGGAGGUGUGUGUGUGAGAGAGAAUGACUGUGUGUGUGUGUGUGUGUGUGUGUGUGUGUGUGUGUGUGUGUGUGUG